ACCGAAAUGAGUUUAUUUUUUAUUAAAUAUGCAUUAUUCAGUAUUAUAUGUUAAUGCCGUUUGUGUUCCCAGAUAUAUUAUGCAGUCAUACUUAGGUCACAAAUUUAUAAACACAUAAAAUUUUAAAGUGUAUAAUAAUAAAAAUGGCUCAAUUUUUGAAAAGUGUACGAAGCUAUAGUGCAAAAAUCCAGUUGCCAAAAUGUGAUUUUACCCCUAAGAAAUACAAUGGUCCAUCACUUGAAGAGCUUAAAAUUAUAAGAAAGAAAAACCUUAACCCAGGACUUACAACUUAUUACAGUGAACCCAUAGCUUUCCAUCAAGGCUACAAACAAUGGCUAUUUGAUUUGAAUGGUAAAAGAUAUUUGGAUAUGUUUGGUGGAAUAUGUACUGUUUCAGUUGGCCACAGCCAUCCAAGAAUAACAGAGGCGCUAACUGAACAAGUUCAAACCUUGGGGCAUGUUUCAAAUAUUUAUUUUAAUCCUAAAAUUCAUGAAUACGCUGAAAGGUUGGCUGACAAACUUCCUGGAAAGUUAAAAGUAAUAUAUUUUGUAAAUAGUGGUUCUGAAGCCAAUGAUUUGGCAAUUUUAAUGGCAAGGGCUUAUACCAACAAUUUUGACAUUGUUUCUUUAAGAAAUGGAUAUCAUGGGAUGUCAUAUCAAACUAUGGGCAUCAAUUCGAACGGCCAUUACAAAUAUCCAGUACCUCAUGUGCCUGGUUUCUAUAAAACAAUGAAUCCCGAUGUUUUUAGGGGAAUAUGGGGUGGCAAUAAAUGCAGGGAUAGUCCAGUACAACCAGAUAGAAAUUGUCAAUGUAAAGAUGAGAUUUGUAGAGCAAAUGAAAAGUACGUCGAUCAGUUUAAAGAUUUGUUUUUGUAUGAUAUUCCCAAGAAGAAAUUGGCAGCAUUUUUUGCUGAAUCAAUUCAGGGAGUAGGAGGAACCGUGCAAUACCCAAAAGAUUUCAUUAAAAAGGCGUAUGAAGUUGUAAAAGAGCAUGGCGGACUCUUUGUUUCCGAUGAGGUCCAAACAGGAUUCGGAAGAACGGGAGACCAUUUCUGGGGUUUUGAAGGUCAUUGUAUCCAGCCGGACAUCGUUACAAUGGCCAAAGGUAUUGGGAAUGGUUUUCCCUUGGGUGCAGUUGCAACCACUCCAGAAAUCGCCCAAUCUCUUACAAAAGCCAGUCACUUUAACACUUUUGGGGGAAAUCCUUUGGCUUGUACAGUUGGAAUCACUGUUUUAGACAUUAUUGAAGACGAAAAUCUGCAGCAAAACAGCAAGACAGUAGGGACGCAUUUACUAUUGGAGUUGGAAAAAUUAAAGACAGAAUUUCCAGUUAUUGGAGAUGUAAGAGGUAAAGGUUUAAUGAUUGGAGUGGAACUAGUUUCAAAAGAAUCUACUACCGAACCAUUGGAUUUAUCUAAAAUCAUGAAGAUUUGGGAAUAUUGCAGAGACAAUGGAGUUAUUUUGGGAAAAGGUGGCAUAUAUGGAAACGUUUUUAGAAUAAAACCCCCUAUGUGCAUAUCAAGGGAAGAUGCAGAUUUUACCGUAUCAAUCUUAAAGGACGCUUUAACAAAAUUUAAAUAA